AUAUAAACAAUAACGAUCGAACAUCUACUCUUUAAAAAUGGAUAAAGUUUUACACAAGUCCGUACAAGUCGACGGGUUAAAGCUCCACGUAGCUGAGGUCGGCUCGGAGUCAUCGCCGGCGGUGAUUUUUCUUCACGGCUUCCCGGAGAUAUGGUACACUUGGCGCUACCAGAUGAUUGCAGUCGCAAACGCCGGUUUCAGGGCCAUUGCACCCGAUUUCAGGGGAUACGGACUGUCCGAUUCGCCUGCAGAACCGGAGAAGGCCUCCUUUGCUGAUUUUGUCAACGAUAUUGUCUCUAUCCUUGAUUCUCUCGGCAUCUCUAAGGUAUUUGUGGUUGCUAAAGAUUUUGGAGCAAUGGUUGCUUUCUCAUUCGUCCUUCUCCAUCCAGAGAAAGUAGCUGGACUUAUAUCACUUGGCAUGAUAUUUGUGCCUCCAGGAGCUUACAAGCGUUCUUUUGCUCUCCCUGAAGGCUUCUAUGUCCGAAGAUGGCAGGAACCUGGAAGAGCUGAAGCUGAUUUCGGCCGCCUCGAUGUUAAAACUGUGGUGAGAAACAUCUACAUCUUGUUUUCUAAAAGUGAAAUACCGAUAGCUGAUGAAAACCAGGAGAUAAUGGAUUUGGUCAAACCGACAAGUCCUCUACCCUCUUGGUUCACGGAGGAGGAUCUUGCGACUUACGGGGCUUUGUAUGAGAGAUCUGGAUUUCGAACCGCACUCCAAGUUCCCUAUAGGGCAACGUAUCUGGACGUUGGACCGGUGGAACACGAUCCUAAAAUGGAAGCUCCAACACUGUUGAUCAUGGGUGAAGAAGAUUAUGUGAUGAAAAUAAUGGAUGAAUACGUAAGGAGUGAUGGGAUGAAGAAGUAUGUGCCGAACCUAGAGACAAUAUACGUGCCUCAUGGUUCUCAUUUUGUUCACGAGCAAUUCCCCGACCACGUGAAUCAACUCAUCGUCACUUUCCUUGAUCGCAACAAACAUCGGGUGCCAGUUUAGCUGACAUCCGCAGUCGGAAAUGAGACCAAAAAGAACUCCAAAUAAAUGUGUUUGCCUCUUAGGGGUCAAUGUAUUUCUUAGGCAAAUGCAAGAGGUGCGAUCUUUGUGUAAUAUAUAUAUGUGUAUAUAUAGGAGUGAGUUAUUAUACAACCACUGCAACUCAAUUAUGUUCGUUGGAAUUUAGAUCGACGUGAUGGUUACAAUUUGAGCAGCUCUAAUGUGAUUUGUAAUUCUAAUUUUGAUCUAUUUUCUAAAUUUAAAAGGUAUUUGAGGGGUAGUUUGGGAAAUA